GAUCAAUAGUGCUAAAAAUAAUUAUGAUUACAGUUUGCUUUUCUUGAAUGCAAAAAACAUUACAUUCAUACUCCGUACUGAAUAAUUAAAAAAAUUAAAUGUGCAUGAUUUCACAUUUGUUGAUUUAAUAGAACAUUAAAGUGAAAAGUUGAUCUUGCUCACAAAUAUGUCUGUGUUAAUGUAACCAUAUGCAAAGGGAUUUCUUUCAUACAUAAAAUAGUCGGUUUUCAUAAGAUGAUAUCGCUACAAAGCAUAACACUAUUUAGCAUAUAUUUUGUUCAAUACAUAACCAAAGGUAUUUCUUUAUUUGAUCAGAUCAAUGUUUAAAUGUAAUCGAGUAAACAAUCAUUGUUCCUCACAUACUGACCUUGUGUUGUCAAAUCAACCAUUCAAAUCAGAUUCACAAUCGCAUCAUAUGGAAUGUGUCAAUCUAACUCCUUUUGGUGAAUUCCUAGUAUGGACUGCGGAAGCUGUUAUUUGGUUACGUCGUAAUUAUCGAAUUAUUGGUCGGGCUUCAUUACCAUUAGAUUUAUUCAAAGGAUGUUAUCAUAAUAAAUCAAAAAAACCAGAUCGAUUACCUGUACGAUUAAGUUUUGAAGAAGUUGCUUUAUUAUUAUCUAAAGGUUUUAUUCAUGGUAUUUUAUGUAGUAGACCAGUAAUUUCUGUUGCUGAACCAUCAAAAGAAACAAUUGAAGCAUAUCAUGAUGCAUUAAUGAAGAAUGCAGAAGAAAUGGUCAAUAUAUUUCAAACUCAAAAACGAUUAAAAUCAGUUGGUUACUAUGGUCAGCUAUUGAAUGGUUUAAAGUUACGUCAACAACGACAAGCCAGAUCCAAGUUAUUCAAUCACAAUGAUUCAUCACCAGUCAAUACAGUCGACGAUAAUGGGUGUUCACAAAACUAUGACACAAAUAAUUUAAAUCCAUCUUUACAGAUAUCAACUAGAAAACGACGCCGCCAACGACGUUUACUUCAGAAACAAUUGAAAAAACAAAUGUUUACGAAUGACUCUUGUAGUGUUGGUAAUGACGAUGAUCAUUGCAAUAUUUAUGACAGUGAUCAAGACGUUUUUGAGCUCUCUGAUUCACCUAUCACUCUGGAUGACCUAAUUUCUGAACAUUCUAAUACACGUCAAGGAACAUCGAGAUUGUCUGUGAUAUCAAGUGAAAACAUUAAGGAAUCUUUACCGCACAUUCCACAACAUUUACCACGUCCUACACCUAUUGAAUGGAGACGUCCUGACGAAUAUGUGUUUGUUAGUUUGCCAGAAAGUGUAUUUUCUGAGGGACUUUAUUCAAUUGUCAAUUGGCUAAUCCAGUUGAUUCAAGAGAAAUGUAAAGCAACAAAUUUUUCUAAUCAGCAUACUGAUGAUCAAAAUAACAUUAGUAGUACACAAGAUAUGUAUAUUCAACGUUUACAAUCUUGUUUGAUUUAUAUGGAUUUAUGGAAUAAAGGUUAUUAUAUUAGUACAUCCACUGUAAAAAUGGGUGGUGAUUUCCUGGUUUAUCAAGGUGAUCCACUUUUGUAUCAUGGUAGUCAUAUUAUUACAAUUUGUAAUCCAACAGAUCCAUUUUGCGAUUCACAAUUAUUAGCUAAACUACGUAUUGCAAAUGGUCUGAAAAAAAUACUUGUUCUAGCUACAGUUAGUAAUAUUGAAAUGUUUACUAGAAAAUUUACAGUUCAAAGAAUAAAACAUUGUGAAAUUAAGAAUGAUGAUAAUGAUAGUAGUGUUGUAGAUCCUCAAGUUAUUGUUGGUGAACACUCGAAAUUAUCUGUACAGUCAAAAGAAAUUACGUCCAAUGAAAGUACCCAUUGUAAUUGUAAUAGUAGCACUAAUAAAAUACAGCCUAAUGUAAUUUACUUAUCCCUUCAGUAUAUGUCUUCACAUUCUAGUAAUCCAACAUUUUCAAAAUCAUUAUGAUGUAUAAUGAAAAUUGUUUUUUCCCUUUCUUUCUAUUGUUCAGUAUAUUUUUUGUAAAUGAGAAUGAUUAAAGGAAGACAAAUACAUAUUUUCGUAAAA